AUGAAGUUCGUCACCAUCGCCACCAUCUUCUUGGCGACAGGCCUGGCUGCGCCUACCGGCGAAAACGACAAGGACAAGGACAAGAGCGUGUACCGCCCACCGCCGAGAAACGAAUAUCCCCAGCCUCCGAGGCACGAAUAUCCUCAGCCGCCCAAGAAGGAGUACCCCAAGCCUCAGCCGCCCAAGAAGGAGUAUCCCAAGCCUCAGCCGCCCAAGAAGGAGUACCCCAAGCCCCAGCCGCCCAAGAAGGAGUACCCCAAGCCUCAGCCGCCCAAGAAGGAGUACCCCAAGCCCCAGCCGCCAAAGAAGGAGUACCCCAAGCCCCAGCCGCCCAAGAAGGAGUACCCCAAGCCUCAGCCGCCCAAGAAGGAGUACCCCAAGCCUCAGCCGCCCAAGAAGGAGUACCCCAAGCCCCAGCCGCCAAAGAAGGAGUACCCCAAGCCUCAGCCGCCCAAGAAGGAGUACCCCAAGCCCCAGCCGCCAAAGAAGGAGUACCCCAAGCCCCAGCCGCCCAAGAAGGAGUACCCCAAGCCUCAGCCGCCCAAGAAGGAGUACCCCAAGCCCCAGCCGCCUAAGAAGGAGUACCCCAAGCCCCAGCCGCCAAAGAAGGAGUACCCCAAGCCCCAGCCGCCCAAGAAGGAGUACCCCAAGCCUCAGCCGCCCAAGAAGGAGUACCCCAAGCCCCAGCCGCCUAAGAAGGAGUACCCCCAGCCUCAGCCGCCCAAGAAGGAGUACCCCAAGCCCCAGCCGCCCAAGAAGGAGUACCCCCAGCCUCCCAAGAAUGAAUAUCCCCAGCCUCCCAAGAAGGAUGAUUGA